ACUUCAAGUCCUUUCAAUGCUUUCGCUAGCGCACACUUACAGACAUGGGGAAGCGUAGCCGGGCAGAAUUUCUUGCCUCCAAUCUCCCUCAACUUCAGAACUUGAUAAAGCGGGACCCACCAUCGUAUCAAGACGAGUUUCUGCAACAAUGGCGGCACUACGAGAGCGAGCUGGCCAUUUUUCGCCUGAAACCGGACUCGGAAGCAAAGGAAUUCGGAGAGCUUAUUACCUUCAUUAGCCACGUAGCGCAAUGUUAUACCCAUCACUGUUCCCAAUUCCCGCAGCAGAUUAUUGACCUACUCUCCAAUAACUACCAAAUCCUGGAACCUGAUCUCCGCAAAACUAUGGUGCAAGCACUGGUCCUAUUGCGGAAUAAGGACCUGAUAUCAACAACAAGUUUACUGUCGCUGUUCUUCACCCUAUUUCGUGCCAAAGACAAGCAAUUACGGUCGCUACUUCACUCUCACAUUGUCAACGACAUCAAGAACGCGAAUGCCAAAUCGAAGAAUAACAAAUUGAACAAGACGCUACAAAACUUCAUGUACACCAUGUUGAAGGAUUCGAAUGAAAUUGCGGCGAAGAAAUCUUUGGAAGUAAUGAUUGACUUGUACAGAAAGAAUGUGUGGAACGACGCGAAGACUGUGAACGUUAUUGCCGAGGCAUGCUUUUCGCCAGUUUCCAAAAUUGUGGCGCCCGCCUUGCAUUUCUUCUUGGGCUCAAACGACACAAAAGAUGAUGAACAGGAUUCUGACGGGGAUGUGCCUGACAUAUCCGCGCUAUCUCAUACGUUGAGCAUAAAUAAGAAAAAGAAAUCUAGAAAGAACGCAAUGGAGAAGGCGAUGGCGACCGUGAAACGUAAACAAAGGGCAAAAGCAAAAGCGGAAACGUUCAACUUCUCAGCACUUCAUCUAUUGAACGAUCCCCAAGGCUUUGCUGAGAAAUUGUUUUCCCGGCUCAAGCAUACAACUUCGACGAACGCCUUCCGCUUUGAACUACGCCUCCAAAUGAUGAACCUAGUGUCGCGUCUCAUCGGCGUGCAUAAGCUGAUUCUCUUUGGGUUCUACGAGUAUAUCAUCUCCUUCUUGAAGCCGCAUCAACGAGAAGUCACCGCAAUUUUGGCUUACGCAGCGCAAAGCUCCCACGAACUUGUCCCCCCUGAUGCCAUUACUCCGGUCGUUCAAGCUAUAGCCGAUAAUUUCAUAUGGAACAACGUAUCAUCGGAGGUGGUUACGGCUGGUCUAAAUGGACUGCGGGAAGUUUGUGCCCGCUGUCCCUUAGCCAUGUCCGAGACACUGUUGCAGAGUUUGAUAGAGGAUUACAAAAAUACUCGAGAGAAGGGGCCAAUGAACGCUGUGCGAUCUCUGCUCGGGCUCUACAGGGAAAUCAACCCGGAAAUGUUACGUAAGAAAGACAGAGGAAAGGCGGCGGUGGUGAACCUAAAAGACUUCAAAGCUCCCAAAUACGGCGAAGUCCAUGUUGCAGAUGGCAUUGAGGGUGCAGAAUUUUUGCACUCUAGAAGUAACGGUGAAGCUGGCUUGGAGCAGGAUGCUCAAUUGAAUGAGGAUGAGGAAGAAUCGCUGGAUAACGAAAGCGCAGAUGAGGAAGAAGAAGAAGAGGAAGUGCAAGGCGAAGAUGGUUGGGAAGGGUGGGAAGAGGCGUCUAUGGACGGUAGUGAGGACGAGGGUAGUGACGAAGAUGAAGACGAGGAUGAGGACGAGAACGAGGGCGAGAACGAGGAGGAGAAUGGGGAUGAGGCGAUCAAGCAAGCAGCCGCUGAAGAGAAAGACUUGCAAGCGGAUGAGGGGCAGGUCGCUAUAGAAAACGGAGAUAUCCCGUCACCCCCGAAAAGAAAAAAGCUCGGGGUUGCAACUGAAAAGAUUUUUACGGACGAAGAUUUCCGCAAACUGAGGAAGAUUCAGCAGCUGAAGGCUGCCCAACGGUUAGCUGGCCUCAAGCCGUCUGAGGUGGAGGAAGAGCUGGAUUUAGCCUCUGAUGAAGACAAUCUCGAACAGGACGAGGACAAGGACGUUGUGGACGUGUCUCGCAUCAUGCGCGGUAUUAAGCGCAAGGACGACUACGAAGCACGAUUGGCAUCCAUCAAAGAAGGUCGAGAAGGAAAUGAGUACAAAUCCAAGAAAGGCAAAGAGGAGCGGAGCAGCUUAACCAACCGAGAGAAGUCAAAGAAAAACAAGGCGUUUAUGAUGAUGGUACAUAAGAAAAGUGUCAAGGGGAAAGCAAAAAGAUCGUUGCGAGAAAAGCAAAAAGUAUUACGGGCGCACAUCAAGAAGCAAAAGAUGAAAAAGUAAUGAGCUAGAUAUUGCGUAUAGUUGAUUCGCUCAUUAUCCUAUAUACGUUUUUGUACAUAUUCUUUGUUAUGUAUAUUUAAAUUAGAAUACAGAUCUAGCCUUUUGCGCAGUGGAAAAUCAAA